CCGCCUCGCGACGUGAACCGCUGGCUGGUUCACCUCCAACACAACCCACAUCUGGCUGUCACACAGCAGUGGUUGCCGCUCCGUCCGGUACCCGCGGCAUGCUCGUAUCCACGCCGGGACACACGAAGGGGAUUAUAAACAGAGGAUGUCGGAGGUGCGGAAAUUCACGAAGCGGUUAAGCAAACCCGGUACGGCCGCGGAAGUCAGGCAGAGCGUGUCGGAGGCUGUGAGGAGCACCGUGGACCUUGUGGAGCAGCCGAAGAUCAUUGAACCGCUGGACUAUGAGGCCGUGGUGUUUCAGAGAAAGGCCCAGAUCCACAGUGACCCCCACCGAGACCUGCUGCUCUGCCCUGUCGACGAUGUCUCGGAGUCCCAGAUCUCCCGGCAGAGGAGGACCGUUGUUCCCUCGGUGCCUCAGAAUGCUGAGCGGGAGGCCAGGAGUCUGUUUGCCAAAGAGUGCAUCAAGAUGUACAACACCGACUGGCAUGUAAUCAACUACAAAUAUGAGGCUUACACUGGUGACUUCCGCAUGUUGCCAAGCAAAGGCCUGAAGACAGACAAGCUGCCAGCUCACGUGUUUGAGAUCGAUGAAGACGCCAAAGACGAGGACUCCGCUUCACUCUGCUCCCAGAGGGGAGGCAUCAUGAAGCAGGGCUGGCUUCAGAAAGCCAACAUCAACAGCAGCCUGUCUGUCUCCAUGAGGGUGUUCAAGAGGAGGUACUUCUACUUGUCUCAGCUCCCAGACGGCUCCUACAUCCUCAACUCCUACAAGGACGAGAAGAACUGCAAGGACACCAAAGGGUCCAUCUACCUGGACUCCUGCAUAGACGUCGUGCAGAGCCCUAAGAUGCGGCGUAAUGGCUUUGAGCUUAAGAUGCAAGACCGCUACAGCCACUUCCUGGCUGCGGACAGCGAAGCAGAGAUGGAGGACUGGGUGGCCACGCUGAAACAGGCUUUACAGAGCAGCACUGAGGCCAGCCAGGACAGGAGGAACGGUGCAGAGACACUGGACUGUGCCCUGGAUGACGACACUGUCAGCCAAGGCAAAGGUGAGAGCCUGCUGGAGAGCCUCGGGAGGAGCCUACACCCUGAACUUAUGAAGUACGCCAGGGAGACAGACCAGCUCAAUAAGAUCAACAGGAAUGAAGGCAGACAAAAGCUUUUCUCUCUGGAUCCUGAGACCCAGAGGCUGGACUUCUCAGGCAUCGAGCCAGAUGUUAAGCCAUUUGAGGAGCGCUUUGGCCGCCGCAUCGUGGUCAGCUGCCACGACCUGACCUUCAGUCUCCAGGGCUGCGUUAGUGAGAAGGGUGACGGCGUCCUCACCAAUGUGGAACCAUUCUUCAUCAGCCUCGCUCUCUUUGACGUCUCCAAGAGCUGCAAAAUCUCGGCCGACUUCCACGUUGACCUCAACCCGCCCUGCGUCAGGGAGAUGCUGGCCGACGCCGCUGGCCAGCUCUCCCCUUCGUCGGAGGAGGAGGGAGGAGGAGGUGUCAGGGAGGCAGGAGGCGUCAUGGUGAACGGAGACUCGGGGAAAGGGAACGGCCUGCCUAUCCUUCAGAGGGUGUCGGAGGCUCUGCUACGCUUCCCUACGCAGGGUAUCUUUUCAGUGACCAACCCUCAUGCCGACAUCUUUCUGGUGGCUCGCGUAGAGAAGGUGUUACAGAAUGGCAUCACGCACUGUGCCGAGCCCUACAUCAAGACCUCUGACACCAACAAGACUGCUCAGAAAGUGCUUAAAGCUGCCAAGCAGACAUGCCAACGCUUGGGCCAGUACAGGAUGCCAUUUGCCUGGGCUGCCAAGCAGGUGUUCAAAGACGCUCAGGGCAGCCUGGACAUGGAUGGGAAGUUUUCUCCUCUCUACCGCCAGGACAGCAGCAAAAUCUCUACUGACGAUAUCAUCAAGCUGCUGGCAGACAUCAGGAAACCUGAGAAGAACAAGCUUCAGAUCAUCCCAGGACAGCUGAAUGUCACCAUUGAGUGUGUCCCACCUGACUUCUCAAAUACGGUGACUUCCUCAUACAUUCCCGUCAAGCCCUUCGAGGAUGGCUGUGAGCGGGUUUCAGUGGAGGUCGAGGAGUUCCUUCCGGAGGAGGCCAAAUACAACUACCCCUAUACCACUUACAAGAACCAGCUCUACAUCUCCCCCCUGCAGCUCAAAUACGACAACCAGAAGACCUUCACCAAGGCUAGAAACAUAGCAAUCUGCAUCCAGUUCCGAGAUUCAGACGAAGAAGGUGCCACCGCUUUAAAGUGCAUCUACGGCAAGCCGGGAGACUCGCUCUUCACCAGCAGCACCUACGCAGCCGUCCUGCACCACAAUCAGAGCCCGGAGUUCUACGACGAGGUAAAGGUUGAGCUGCCAGUCCACGUGCACGAGAAACACCACAUCCUCUUCACCUUUUACCAUAUCAGCUGUGAGUCCAGCAGCAAGGCCAGCAGCAAGAAGAGAGAGGGAGUAGAGUCACUGGUGGGUUACUCCUGGAUGCCUUUGCUAAAAGACGGGAGGAUGAAGUCAGUAGAGCUCCAGCUGCCUGUAGCAGCCACGUUGCCACCUGGAUACCUGUGUCAGGACACCAGGAAGUCCCAACCAGAUAUCAAGUGGGUGGAAAAUGCCAAGACACUGUUCAAAGUGAGGACCCGUAUAGCAUCAACAAUAUAUGCCCAGGACCUCCAUCUACACAAAUUCUUCCAGCACUACCAGCUGAUGAGGACGACGUCAGAGGGCAGCCCAGCAGAACUGAUCAAAUACCUGAAGUGCCUGCAUGCCAUGGAGACUCAUGUAACCAUCAACUUCCUGCCAACGGUGCUGAUGCAGCUGUUUGAGGUGCUCACAGCAGCGACCAAAGAAACCCACGAGAUUGCCGUCAACUCCCUUCGCGUGAUCAUACAUAUAGUCUCCAGAUGUCACGAGGAGGGUCUGGAACAGUACCUGCGCUCUUUUGUCAAGUAUGUGUUUGUGACCAACAACCGUGCGUCAGGAAACUCAGCGACCACUCAUGAGGUGCUGGCCACCGCUGUAACAGCCACCCUCAAGCAAACGGCUGAUUUCAACACCAGCAAUAAACUGCUCAAGUACUCCUGGUUCUUCUUUGAAACCAUGGCCAAAUCCAUGGCCCAGUACCUGCAAGAGGGAAACCGCAUAAAGAUGCCGCGGCCGCAGCGCUUCCCUGAAAGUUUCCACCAGGCGCUCCAGUCGCUGGUGUUGUCCAUCAUGCCACACAUCACUAUCCGCCACAUGGAAAUCCCAGAGGAAGCUCGCUGCAUCAACCUGAGCCUGGCCAGUUUCAUCAAGAGGUGCCUGACCUUCAUGAACAGGGGCUUUGCCUUCGGCCUGGUCAACCACUAUAUGUGUCAUUUCACUCUCAAAGAUCCAAAGGUGCUGACGGAAAUGAAAUUUGAUUUCCUGAUGACUGUGUGUAACCACGAACACUUCAUUCCUCUUAACCUGCCCAUGGCUUUCGGGCGCACCAAGCUGCAGAGAGUGCAAGAUUAUAUUCCGUAUGCGACGGAGCUUUUUGGCCCUGUAGAGCAGAGUCUGGAGUUCAGCCUGACGGAGGACUACUGCCGUAACCACUUCCUGGUGGGUCUGUUGCUGAGAGAAGUGGCCGAGGCCUUGCAGCAAGGGCCCGAGGUCAGACAGCUGUCCGUGAGCGUCCUCAAGAACCUUCUCAUUAAGCACGCCCUGGAUGACCGCUACAUAGCAUACAAGAACCAGCAGGCCAGGAUCUGUUUGCUCUACCUGCCGCUUUUUGAGCUGCUCUACCAGAACCUGAAACAGCUGUCUGCCCAGCCACACACUACCAGCCCCGGACUUGGCCUCAAUGGCUCCAGAGAUGACCUGAUAUCAAGCGGUUCCACAGACAGCAGGAGAAUCAGCACUGCAAUUGAGAAAGACCACGGUCUGCCAGCUCAGAAUGGCCAUGUUGUGAGGAGAGAGGACUCCAGAGGCUCUCUGUUUAUGGACCCGGGGACGCCAGACAGCACUGAGCUACAGAGACGCGGCUCCACCAUGAGCAGCAGCCCAAUGGCUCCCGUCGGCAGGCUGGGACAGUAUGAGAUCAAGGGCCUACUUCUCUCCUUCCUGCACAUAGUCAAGACCUUGUCAGAGGACACUCUAAUGGCCUACUGGAACAAAGUCAGCCCUCAAGACAUCAUGAACUUCCUCAGUUUGCUAGAGAUUUGCCUAGUGCAGUUCCGAUACAUUGGAAAAAGGAACAUUGGCCGGAGUCAGGAGACGUGUGUGUCGAAGUUGUUCUCCUCAGACCGGAAGUCUCAGACGAUGCCGGCGAUUCGCUGCAACCGAGCCAGCCUCAUGCAGACUAAGAUCCACCAGUUUGGCACCAUGGAAGCCUCCUUCACGCUCAACAUAGGGACGGGGCCUUCAGAAGUAGAAAUCCACCACCAGGCUCUGCUGGAGGGCAACAUCUCCACCGAGGUCUGCCUCAGUGUCCUGGAUGUCCUCUCUCUUUUCAUUCAGUGUUUCAAGACCCAGCUACUGGACAGCGAAGGUCACAACCCCUUGAUGAAGAAGGUGUUUGACGUUUACCUGACCUUCCUUAAAGUGGGCCAAUCAGAAGCCGCCCUCAGACAUGUCUUCUCCGCACUCAGGGCUUUCGUUAACAAGUUCCCGUCGGUGCUGUUCAAGGGCCGCGUGACGCUGUGCGAGGCGCUUUGCUGCGAGGUGCUCAAGUGCUGCGUCUCCAAGCUGGGAUCUCUGAGGGCCGAGGCGUCGGCCCUGCUCUACCUGCUGAUGAGAAACAACUUCGAAUACACCAAGAGGAAGACCUUCCUACGCACACACCUGCAGAUCAUUAUUGCCGUAAGCCAGCUGAUCUCCGACGUGGCGCUGACUGGCAGUUCACGCUUCCAGGAGUCUCUCUCCAUCAUCAACAACUUUGCGAACAGUGACAAGGCCAUGAAGUCCACGGCAUUCCCCUCUGAAGUAAAGGGUCUGACCAAACGGAUCCGCACGGUGCUGAUGGCCACGGCGCAGAUGAGGGAGCACGAGAAAGAUCCGGAGAUGCUGCUGGACCUCCAGUACAGCCUGGCCCGCUCCUACGCCAGCACCCCCGAAUUAAGGCGAACCUGGCUCGACAGCAUGGCCCGAGCACACCUCAAGAACGGAGAUCUCUCUGAGGCGGCCAUGUGUCAUGUUCAUGUGGCUGCAUUGGUUGCAGAAUACCUGCACAGGAAAAAGUUGUUCCCCAGCGGCCUUGCAGCUUUUAAGAAGAUUACCCUGAAUAUCGAAGAGGAAGCCGCCAUGAAGGAAGACACUGGAAUGCAAGAUGUCUAUUACACUGAGGAGGUCUUGGUCGAACACCUCGAGGUCUGUGUGGAGGCGCUGUGGAAAGCCGAACGCUAUGAGCUCAUCACGCACAUAGCCAAACUCAUCAUCCCCAACUAUGAGAAGCGCCACGAGUAUGAGAAACUAAGCCGACUGUAUGACACGCUGCAAAGAGCCUACAAAAAGAUAAUGGAAGUGAUCCAAUCAGGCCGCAGGAUGCUCGGGACGUACUUCAGAGUGGCUUUUUAUGGACAGGGCUUCUUCGAGGAGGAGGACGGGAAGGAGUACAUUUACAAAGAGCCCAAACUCACUGGCCUGUCUGAAAUCUCUCAGCGGCUGCUGACGCUCUACGGGGAAAAGUUUGGGCCAGAAAACGUCAAGAUAAUUCAGGACUCGAACAAGGUAAACCCCAAGGACCUGGACCCCAAGUUCGCCUACGUCCAGGUGACAUUCGUAAAGCCUUACUUUGAGGAGAAGGAGGCGCCAGAGAAGAAGACGGACUUUGAGAAGUGCCACAACAUCAACCGCUUUGUGUUCGAGACCCCUUACACGCUGUCGGGCAAAAAACACGGCGGGGUGGAGGAGCAGUGCAAGAGGAAGACCGUGCUCACAACUGCCAACACCUUCCCAUAUGUGAAGAAGCGCGUAGAGGUGGUCGGAGAGAAGCACGUGGAGCUUAAGCCAGUGGACGUGGCCAUAGAUGAGAUGAAGGCCCGGACGGCAGAGUUGACCAAGCUCUGCUCCAGCCAGGAGGUGGACAUGAUCCAACUGCAGCUCAAACUGCAGGGCUGCGUCUCCGUGCAGGUGAAUGCAGGUCCCAUGGCCUACGCCAGAGCAUUCCUGGAUGAGAGUAAAUCCAACCAAUCUGGCAACAAGAAAGUUAAGGACCUAAAGGACAUUUUUAGGCGCUUUGUCCAGGCUUGCAGUAUGGCCCUGGACAUAAACGAGCGUCUGAUCAAAGAGGACCAGUAUGAAUACCACGAGGGCCUGAAGGGCAACUUCAAAGAAAUGGUAAAGGAGCUGUCUGACAUCAUCCACGAGCAGAUCUACCAGGAAGAUAUGAUGCGCUCUCUGUUGGAAAACUCACUCCAUGUGUUUCGUGCAAUCAGCGGAACAUCCACCGACCUGGCCUGACCUCUGUCCCGCUGGCACCCCUCCGGCACGCUACCGUCCCUUAUGUAUAUCCCUGAAGAGCCUGAACUGGAUGAUAACAGGGCGGCUCUCCAAUUCAUGUCUGUGCAGCUAAGCUUGCCAAGCACCCCCCCCCCCCAUGGAGAUGCCAUUUGAAUAUCUUCUGCAUCGCUACUGGAUGUGCGGAAGAUGGUCGUAGUGAGAUAUCACAGAAAAAUCAGUUUGAUGUAAUAUUCAAACCACAGCAGCAGUAUUUCUGAGAAUGUAUUGCAGCAACGGCAACUAAACGUCUGCAUGUCAAGUUUAGCGGCUGUGCUGAGUCACGCCAGGUUGCAUUGCACUUUUUGACCUGCCUUUUGCGAUAAAUUGCAGGAUUGACGUUUCUUUAGACAGAGAUACUGUGCUAAAGCAAUUGAUUCCCACCCUCUCCCUGCUAAAGUUGCCCUCUAGAUCUAUGCAGGACACCACACUCCCUCCCAGGAUGACUCUUUACUGCUCAAGUUGACUUUUAGAAGACGAUAGCACCUUAGGCUUUACGUGUUGGACCAGCAAGGCAAGCAACAUCCCAACUCAAACCAGUUCUGUCUUAACAAGGCACCAAAACCGAAAGCAUUGGGAUACUCUGUCGAGCCAAGGAUUGGUGUUUGUAGGAAAGUGGCGCAUUCCAGUCAGGUUGACUGAUAAGUCAACCUGACAGAUAAGUCAGGUCUAAAGAGCAGCACGUAAAAGUGAGCAUCAGUCGAAAGUUACCACCCUGUUUGUUUAAUGACAAAUGUAAAAGCCUUCUCAGUUAAAGAAAAGAGCUGCUCUUUAAGGCUUUGCUCAGUUACAUUGUAAGUGUAUAACAAACCUCAUAACAAUGUUCCACAUUAUCUUAGAGGUGAUGAAUAAUGGCAUACCAGAAAAGAUUAUGAUCACAAAUUCUUUCAGAGUUGUGUAACAAUCAUUGAAACCGUUCUCUCUGUGAGCUCGUUUUAUGGCCUGUAGGCAUUUGAAGUCAGAAACACGACAGGACACAUGCUGAUCACGGCGGUGUGGUAACAUUUACUCCUGUACAGUGGAGAGUUCCUUUCAUCUGGGUUAAGAUCCAGUGCCUUUGUGCUCUGCCUUCUAAAAAAAACCUCCCUUAUCUCAAGUAAUAAGACCUUCCUCACAUGCUGGUUGUUCACAGUAUUUCACAAGUGCUACACUGUAAUUAGCAGAUAGAUUAAUAAUAUUUAAGCAAAUGUACAUAAUUUGUCAUGCUGUAAAGUGAAACCCUGUCUCCCUGUAUGUUUGUACGUACUGUAUGUAUGUAUUUAUAUUUGAAACAUUUUGGACUCUUGUUCAGUCCAAAUCUGUCCCGGCAGAGAGAUUUCUUUUUCAUUUUUAUUGCGUUGUAUAUUGAAGUGCAGCUGCUUGUCAAACUUCCUUUGUAAAGCCCCUUUUUCAAUAAAAACUGGGAAAAAACUA